AUGAGUGAAGGGGUGUUCCGGCCCAGAGGCCAUGAUAUUUCAGAGCAUGCUUCGGGGCAUGCUGCUUAUCUCGACUCAUUGGAAGAGGCAGUGAACCGCCAAAUCGAUACUGAUGUGAAAGCGCUGAUGGACAACUUCAAGGAAAUCAUUAACUUGAGCCGUAUUGGCGGAAAAGAUCACUACGAUAUGAAUCGAGAGUCUUUUGUGAUGGAAACUCGUGCUGAUAGUAUGGUUCGCGCGACACAAUCACUCUACUUGCUAUCCGAUGCCCUUAAACUGUCCUUGUUAUUAUCUCAAUCCCAAAUGUCUGAGGUUCGAGAUCAGGAAGCAAAUGAUCUACUGGCUCAAACGGAAAAGCAUAAGCAAGAAUGCAGCCGUCUACUAGCUGAGCGCUGGCUCACAGGGGCAGCCUUGGCCGAGAAAGAUCCUCCGUCGUCCUCGAUUCAAGAACCUCAGACGUCGCAUACGAACGACAUGGAGCAAGAGCCCAUAUUGUAA